UCUGCCUGCUUCACUUGGGUUGGGUGUUCCAGACGCAGACGUCAGUUGGCCGCCUGCUCUGCGACCGCCGACCGAUAUGGAAGGCGGAGACGGCGGAGCCGAGGAGGAGGAGCAGGUGAUGAGCGAGGUGCACCUGGGAUGCCCGCCGCACUUCUGCGGUCUCCACGUCUCCCGCUUCAGCUUCUCCUCACGGGCCCUAGGGGCAUCUGAGGACGAUGGCGGCGAUGGCAGCUGCGGGGGCGAGCUGAUCGCGGCGGCGAGCGGUUCUGGUGGUUCGUCUGAUGCCGUCGCUGUGGAUGAAGAUGGAGAUCUUGUUCUUGAUCGGAGGAGGAGAAGAAACAAACAUGUUAGAAGUGACUACCAUCUGCUCACCAUUCAGCAUGGUGUUACCAGCUCACUCAAGAGCGUUGGCCUUCAGGUUUGGAAAGCUGCCUUACUAUUAGCUGAUUUUGUUUUGCACAAAAGCUUCACAUCUUCGUACUUUGAUGGUGUUACUGCUAUAGAAGUUGGUGCUGGAACAGGUUUAGUAGGUUUGGCACUAGCUCGAGUUGCUAGAAGGAUUUUUGUUACAGAUAGAGGCGCUGAUAUCCUAGAUAAUUGCUUGGCCAAUGUCCGUAUCAACUCUGGUACCCUAAAGUUUGAUGAAGCUAAAGUCUGUGUAAGGGAACUGGACUGGAAGUUGUCAUGGCCUCCACCAGUGAGUACAUGUGAUCCUUCUGAUCCAAGUUUAAGGUACCUAUGGUCUGCACAUGAAAUUGAUGAGGCUGAGAAAGCAACAGUCCUGUUUGCUGCAGAUGUUAUCUACAGUGAUGAUCUCACUGAUUUGUUCUUCGACACAGUGAAGAAAUUGAUGUCAAGUGGUGCUAAGAAGGUGCUGUAUUUGGCCCUGGAGAAGAGAUACAACUUCAGUCUGGACGAACUAGACGUUGUGGCCAAUGGUUAUGCUCACUUCCGAGGUUUCUUCGUAACUCAAGAUGAACACGGGGAUGCAAUCCACGGAGACAAACCAGGUUUCGUUGGAAAGCAGAUAGGUCUGGCAGAGAUUCCUCAGUAUAUCAGAGAAUACGAGAGGGGCAAUGAUUUGGAAAUCUGGGAAAUCAUGUACAGUCCAGAACAGAAACUGCGGUAACUUGUGCAGAAGCCAUCCACUCUUGUUCCAUGCUACACGACAUUAGGAAGAGAAGAAACUUAGAAACUCGUAUGUUCGACUCAGUACAUUCAGAAAUCUCUCGUUUGAUGUCAUUUUUUUUAUAUCUGCUAUUAUUUGCAAAUGCGAUCCGUAAUGGCGUUGCAGGCUGCUCUCCUUUGGCAUCUGCUCUAGAACAGCACGAGUAGAUGAUCCAGCCGACGAUGGCCCAGAACAGCACGCCGAGGAGCACCAUCUGCAGGCUGCAGCAGAGAGGAGACAGAAUCAAGAAGAUUGAUCAUGAAUCGGGCGAACACGCAUCCGUAUCGACUGAACUUAGACGCGUACCGGCCAAGACGCGGUGGGGGCGGCGGCGGCGGCGGCGGGCUUGGGCUCGAGCAGCGGUGGAGGGCACCUCGACGCGAACCGUGCAGUCUUUGUCAAAGCACUUAAGCGUGUUGUCAAACGAAGCUAUUUGAUGAUUGCAGCUUUUCUUUGUAACAUGAGAGUUUGAAAGGAUUGUAGUGGUCAAGUUGCAAGCAACUAAUCUCAGAUCCCUUUGUAAUAUGUACAAUGAAUUUUUUUUAAUACAAAAUACACACGGCUUGUUGGGUGU